AAGCGUUAUUCCUUUAAUAUCCUCGAAAAUGGUCUACCUCUGAGAUCUAAUCAACUCUGAAGCCACAAGAGCUCAGCCCAAUCGCUCGAAGGCUCAAGAACCGCGAGAAAAAGCAAAAGAGAAAAAUGAGGUAUUAUUGUUUCAGAAGGAGACGAGUGUCCGUACGGUCAUGCGUGAUUGUGUGUGCGAUAUGCAUUGGCACUGGGCUACUAAUGCUUGCUCUGAGACCGGUUGAUGAUCCUCCAAUGGACGUUGAUUUUCCCUCGCUUUCUCGGAGUAGCGUCGUUGCCGUUGCGCCGGAGAAUGGGAAUCGGGGUCAGACAAAGAGAGGAGGAGGAGAGUCGGAGAGGAAGUGUGCGACUGUGGAGGAGAUGGGAGAGGUGUUUAAAGGAGGAUUCUGGAAGGAAAGUCUCCGAGUGAGAACAAUUAUUGAGGAUCACUUCGCUCUAAAUGGUGCAUCAAGAGUCCGAGGUCUUCCUCCGGAGCAGUUCUGCAGACAUGGUUUUGUGAUGGGGAAAUCAUCUGAGGCAGGUUUUGGGAAUGAAAUGUACAAGGUCCUAACUGCUGCGACGUUGAGUAUAAUUUUGAACCGGUCCCUAAUCAUUGGGCAAACCAGGGGAAAAUAUCCUUUUGGGGAUUACAUUUCUUACUCCAACCUCACAUUUACCUUGAAAGAAGUCAAGCAUCUCUGGAGACACAAUGGUUGUGAGAGGAAGUACAAAAGGCGUCUGAUUAUGAGGACUGAUGAUUUUGAGAAGCCAUCUGAAACAAAUGUCCUGUGUAGCAAUUGGAGGGAAUGGAAACAGCCUAUCAUUUGGUUCCAAGGUACCACAGAUGCCACCGCAGCUCAAUUUUUCUUGAAGAACAUACACACUGAGAUGAGGAAUGCCGCUUCUAACUUAUUUGGACAACCAGAAUCUCUCCAAUCUCGACCCAAUGUGUUUGGGGAGCUGAUGAGAGUUCUCAUAUCUCCUACAAAGGAUGUUGAGGAAGCGGUCAAUUGGGCUAUUGGUGGUGGGAUGGAUCCUCAUAUUUGCUUGCACAUGCGGAUGCUUACAAAUAGGUCAGUAAGAGCUGUGCGGGCAGCAUUGAAUUGCAUCAGAAAAGCCAUGCGCUUGCAACACCAUACGUCAAGACCAAAGGUGGUUUUAGUGUCGGAUAGCCCAUCUCUAGUAAAAGCUGUCACACCAGAUUUAAGUGAAUUUGCAGAGGUACUUCAUUUUGAUUAUGAGCUCUUCAGAGGAAAUUUAUCUAACGACUAUAAUGGAUUGCAUAAUCUAGAUUUUAGAGUGAAGGAUUGGGGCCCUGCACCUAGAUGGGUUGCAUUUGUGGACUUCUUUCUUGCUUCACGUGCCAAGUAUGCUGUUAUCUCGGGGGCUCACCGGCGUGUUGGGACAACAUAUGCUCAGUUAAUAGCGGCACUGGCCGCAGCACAUAGUCUUGGGGAUAAUUCCACGGGUCCAAGUUUUUCAUUCUUAAGCAGUUUCCAAAGUAAUUUGUUAACAGAAGGUUUAAGGCUUCAGGUGGGGUGGGGACAUGUAUGGAACCGGUUUGCCGGUCCAUUGAGUUGUCGUCACCAGCCCAGCCAAUGUGCCAUCACACCGCUUCUGCCUCCGGCUUGGUGGGAUGGACUCUGGCAAUCCCCCAUUCCACGGGAUGUUCGCAGGUUGGCUGCGUAUGGUGUCCAAUUAUCUGGUUUUGGAACAAUUGAUGAAGAUUAUCUUCAGUCCUUCUGUAUGUCAAGAAAAGCUGUUGUGAGAACUGUACCGUUCUUAUUGUGAUUGUUGUAGUUGCAAUUUUUAUUCAUUUUUGUUUAACCAUUGUAAUCAUGCUGAUGAGAAAUAUAAUUACUUUUCCACUUUCA